UCCGGAGCGGGGCGCAUGAUGGCGGCAGCCGCUGUGGCGGAGGUGAACAGCACCGGCAGCAGCAGCACCGAUACCUCCAGCACGGGCGAGGAGGAGAGGAUGAGGCGCCUCUUCCAGACAUGCGACGGCGAUGGGGAUGGCUUCAUCAGCAGGAAUGACUUGCUGAUGGUGUGCCGCCAGCUGAAUAUGGAGGCGUCUGUUGCAGAGAUCAUGCACCAGCUGGGAGCAGAUGAAAAUGGAAAAAUUUCCUUCCAGGAUUUUAGUCAGUGCCACAUGGAACUGGUACAGGAAAUCAAGAAGGAGGAAGUGGAUCUUUCUGUGAAAUCGGAUGAUUCUUGUAAAAAGAAAAAGUUAAGGGAUAGAGUAGCUUCCUGGCCAACUGGCAGCAAUAACAGUUUAGGUGCCAUAUCAGGAGCCAGAGAAAGCUGGGAGUAUGAUUCAGGAGCAAGAGACCUUCAGAGUCCAGACCUCCACAGUCAUUUUAUGCUACAAAAGGUGUUGGAGUAUGGUAGAAGCAAUGUGACUCAACAGGCUGCUCUGCAAAGACUUCUAGCUCAGGCCUCAAAUUUUAGCAACUCUGUUGGAGGAAGCUACUUAGAACUUGCCAACACUCUUCAUUUAGCAGCCCUGGCUUCAUUAAAGGGAGACAUUGUGGAGCUUAAUAAGCGUCUACAACAAACAGAAAAGGAGCGUGACCUAUUGGAAAAGAAAUUGGCAAAAGCACAGUGUGAGCAGUCCCACCUGAUGAGAGAGCACGAGGAUGUGCAGGAGCGAACUACGCUGCGCUACGAGGAGCGGAUCACAGAGCUGCACAGCAUCAUUGCUGAGCUCAACAAGAAAAUCGAUCGGCUGCAGGGAGCAACUAUAAGGGAGGAGGAUGAGUACUCAGAGCUGCGGUCAGAGCUGAGCCAAAGCCAGCAGGAGGUUAAUGAAGACUCACGCAGCAUGGACCAGAACUCUGUCUCAGUGCCAGAGAACCAGUCCACCAUGGUCACUGCAGAUGUGGAUAACUGUAGUGACUUGAAUUCAGAACUGCAGAGAGUGCUGACAGGUCUGGAAAAUGUUGUCUGUGGGAGGAAGAAAAGCAGCUGCAGUUUAUCGGUGGCAGAAGUGGACAGACACAUUGAACAACUCACUACUGCCAGUGAACAUUGUGAUUUAGCUAUUAAGACUGUGGAGGAGAUUGAGGGAGUGCUGGGACGUGACCUUUAUCCAAACCUUUCUGAGGAGAGGUCUCGGUGGGAGAAGGAGCUGGCUGGCCUGCGGGAAGAGAAUGAGAGCCUCACAGCCAUGUUGUGCAGCAAAGAGGAGGAGCUCAACAGGACCAAGGCCACCAUGAACGCUGUCCGUGAGGAGAGGGACAGGCUGCGUAGAAGGGUUCGGGAGCUGCAGACUCGCUUGCAGAGUGUGCAGGCCACGGGCCCGUCCAGCCCGAGCCGCCUUACUCCUGCCAACCGCCCCAUCAACCCCAGCACAGGAGAGCUGAGCACCAGCAGCAGCAGCAACGACAUCCCCAUCGCCAAGAUUGCUGAAAGAGUGAAGUUGUCAAAGACAAGAUCAGAGUCUUCAUCAUCUGAUAGACCUGUCUUAGGAUCAGAAAUCAGCAGCAUAGGGGUCUCUAGUUCUGUGGCUGAACAUUUGGCACAUUCCCUCCAAGACUGCUCAAACAUCCAGGAAAUCUUCCAGACUCUCUAUUCACAUGGAUCUGCUAUCUCUGAAAGCAAAAUCCGAGAGUUUGAAGUGGAAACGGAGAGAUUAAAUAGCCGUAUUGAGCACCUGAAAUCCCAGAACGACUUGCUGACAAUAACACUGGAAGAGUGCAAGAGCAAUGCAGAGAGGAUGAGCAUGCUUGUGGGCAAGUACGAGUCUAAUGCCACAGCCCUCAGGCUGGCACUGCAGUACAGUGAACAGUGCAUAGAAGCAUAUGAGCUGCUGUUGGCAUUGGCAGAAAGUGAGCAGAGUCUCAUUCUUGGACAAUUCAGAGCUGCAGGUGUUGGUUCUGUUGGGGACCAGACAGGUGAUGAAAAUGUCACACAGAUGCUUAAGAGGGCUCAUGACUGCAGGAAGACAGCUGAGAAUGCAGCAAAAGCCUUGCUGAUGAAGCUGGAUGGGAGCUGUGGGGGAGCCUAUGCAGUCACAGGCUGUAGUGUGCAGCCCUGGGAAAGCCUGUCCUCCAACAGCCACACCAGUACUACCAGCUCAACAGCAAGCAGUUGUGACACAGAGUUUACAAAGGAAGAUGAGCAGCGGCUGAAGGAUUACAUCCAGCAGCUGAAAAAUGACAGGGCAGCAGUGAAACUGACAAUGCUGGAGCUGGAAAGCAUCCACAUUGAUCCCCUUAGUUAUGAUGUUAAGCCACGUGGAGACAACCAGAGACUGGACCUGGAAAAUGCAGUCUUGAUGCAGGAACUCAUGGCAAUGAAGGAAGAGAUGGCAGAGCUCAAGGCACAGCUUUACCUGCUGGAGAAGGAGAAGAAGGCUUUGGAAUUGAAGCUGAGCACUCGAGAGGCUCAGGAGCAGGCCUACCUUGUCCAUAUUGAGCACUUGAAGUCUGAAGUGGAAGAACAAAAAGAGCAGAGAAUGAGGUCUCUCAGCUCAACCAGCAGCGGAAGUAGAGACAAACUGGGCAAGGAAUGUAGUGAUGGCACCGCAACACCGCUAACCCUUGCUGAGCUGAGACCAUACAAUGAGAGUGAACUGACUGCUGAGCUGACAAAUGCACUCAGGAGGGAGAAGAAACUGAAAGCAAGAGUGCAGGAGUUAGUGAGUGCUUUGGAGAGACUCACAAAGAGCAGUGAAAUCAGACAUCAGCAGUCUGCAGAAUUUGUUAAUGACCUUAAAAGGGCAAACAGCAACUUGGUAGCAGCUUAUGAAAAAGCAAAGAAAAAGCAUCAAAACAAGCUGAAGAAAUUGGAAUCACAAAUGAUGGCCAUGGUGGAGAGACAUGAAACCCAAGUAAGAAUGCUCAAACAAAGAAUAGCUUUACUGGAAGAAGAGAACUCCAGACCACACACCAAUGAAACUUCACUUUAAGUGCAUCUCGUUGAAGGAUGCUUAGUGCCAUUACAACUUUCUUUCUUUUGGAGGUUGACUUUUAGGUAGCUUCAAAUGUUAAAAGCUCUGAUUGUCAAUGCUGACAAAACUUAAAAGCUCCUUCUCUGGGAUCCCAGAGAGGUAGCAUGGGGAUAAUAAAAGUGUUAACCUUAAGGACUGUUUCACAAUGUAAAAUGGCAGUGCCUGAAUUAUCAUGCUAUAAUUGUGUUCAUUGUCUGUGUUGUUAUGUCUGUAUUCAUACAGCUUCUCUUUCCCUGUCACCCAUGGGUGACAGUGUCACACAGCAGAAUAAUUCAUGUUAAGAGGUUUUCAUUUGGGUAGUUUGGAGAUUAUGUGAAGUUUUCCCAGUCCCUGAGCUCUCUGCACACAAGUCCACAGUACCCUCAUGACUCGCUGCUGUGGUUACACCACCAAACAGGCAGCUGCAGAGUGGGGGUGACAGCCUGGCUGGCUUUUUCUUUUCGUC